AUGGGAUCGAUAUUCAUUCCUCGGAUGAUUUGCGGACCUGUCUAUCCUACAAAAGCGAUGAUCAGGUAUCACCGAAUAAGAUGGUCGGGAUCCAAAAUCACAGCGAGGCCGUCAGCUGGGAGAUUCGAGGGGACUUAUCCGGCGUUGACGUACUUCAGCAUAUCCGGGAAUACUUCGGAUUCAUGUCCCGGUAUGUCCUCAUCGGAAUCUUCGUCGAUUUUAUUCGCUCGGUCUGGAGAUAAUCCAUCUUGCCUGGGAGAUUUACCGUCUUUUGAGACGGCAAAAGAAGUUUGUGAAGCCGCUUUUGGCGAAACAAACACAUUAUAUUGUUUUAUAGAUACGCCUGCUUUUUACCUGAUGCUAGCAGAGCUAUACAAACUUCCUGGCGAUUAUUUCAUGGGCAAGAACAACGAUUUCCUAAAUCUUCUCUUUUCAAUUCUUGCUCUGGGCUUUCAUGUCCAAGAUAAACGUCACAACGAACGCAAUAGGUCAGGAGAUUUGAUAAGCAAAACAGGAAUUGACCAAGGUCGAAAAUACUUUACUUGCGCAAGAUGCGCCAUAGAUAUUUCCGACUGUGGAACCAUUCCGCAGCUCCAAACAGUUUUAUUCUUAGUCCUUUACCUCCAAUCUACUGCUGGCCUGGAUGUAGGCUAUUCAUACAUUAUACUGGCACAGCAAUCGGCUUUUCGAAUGGGGUUGCAUCUGAAGCAUGAUAAUCAAUGUAAUCCCAUAGAGAGCGAAGUAAGAUUGAGGAUCUUUUGGACGAUUCAAAAGAUGGAUAUCUCUAUGUCGGCAAUUCUUGGAUAUCCCAAGAUUCUUGAUCUGGAUACUAUUGACCAAGAAAUGCCGACAGAGGUAUUCGACGUGAAUAUAACUGAGUCUGGUGAGAAUGGCUACCCAGUAGCAAAAUGGUCAUCAUUACUGCAAGCAUCCAACGCUCAUAUGCGGCUAAUCUUGAUACUUGAUAAAGUAAUCAAGUACAUCUAUCCCAACAAUAGAGUGGGAAGAUCCGUUAAUGAAGCUUUGGAUACUGGGCAUAUUGUUGACCACGCCAUCGUGCGGGAAAUCGAAAAUGAUCUUCAGCGAUGGCGUCAAGGGUUACCAAUGGGUAUCCUUUCUGGCAGAAGUGAAAAUCAUCAAAGCUACUGCACGCAACAACUUUUAAGCCUCGUUUAUGCUCACGUGCAGAUGAUGCUUUAUAGACCAUUCUUGUCAUACAUCUCCGGAAAUGCUUUUGUCGACGCAAAUAAAAACAAAAAGUCACAGGCUUGCGCUUCUGCCUACUUUGGAGUAUGUCAGAAUGUGAUUCGAAUCGUGAAGGAGUUGCAAGAACGUGGAUUAGCCAUUGGACCGAGAUGGUUUACGAUAAAUAUCACAUCAUUUGCCACUCUGUCCUUGGUUUAUUUCAACUGUCAGCGGACUAAUUUGUCUCGACCAUCGGACCUUCAUCCUGACCCUCAAGUGGGACAUGAGGCGACCAAGGUUAUAGCGCAAAGAAAACGGGAUGCAUGCAGCUUUUCAUCAGCCUUUCAGACUCUAUCGAGACAAAUAUCGCCAAAGACCAUGUCUAGCAUCAGAGGUACAGUAGCAUCAACUCACAGUAAGGAGGUAUUACCUAUCUCAGCAACCUUAUCGGUCGAAAGAGAGCAAAUUCAGACUAGGUCUGACUCACGCUCAUGUCUUCCGGAGGAGGCCCCUAAUUGUGAGCCUACAAACCAAAGGCUAGAAUGGGAUAAUGAAAAUGUAGCCGAAGUCUCAAAUCUUGCCAGCAAUACUAGACAAGAUUCAGUAUUGACUCCGUGUGAGAGGUCGGAUGACGAGAUUUUCGAGUUUAUAAAUUUUGAAGGCGAUGAGGGUUUGAAGGGUUUUGACACGCAAAAUGAAAGUGUGGCGGGAACUUGCUCUCUAGAUAUGGAAUCAAUCCAGGAUAUACCUACUGAAUCUACGGAUCUGGCCUUCGAAAGCAUGUCAAUGGACAACCUCAUUCAUUCUUGGAAAUAUGAUAAUGGGGUUCCUGAUUUAGACGAAAUGAUUGAGACCGGGAUAUGUUUGGCAGAGAGUAGAAAUGCAGCGAGUUUUGGUCCUCGGAACCAGAAGGAUAAUAUAAAUGGGACCAAAGUUUCGAAUUAA